CCACAUCCUUCUUUCCAAGUCAAAGAACGUAACACUGAGAGGGCUCUGAGUGCCAGCAUGUGCAGAGUCGGAACCUCCCACUGACAGCCAGAACGAUGAGCCACUCCCGAAGAGCCGCUCCUACUCAGGACCAAUGCCACGCUCCAGGAUUCCCCACCUCCCGUGGAACCAGUGGGAACAUGUGGUAGGCCAGGAGCUGUGGAUCUUUACAGGCUCUGGACACAUGGCGAACACACAUCCCCAGAAAGAGCCCAGCUCCCACUCAGGCAUCACAGAUCUGUCUGCUGUUGCCUGAAAGCCCCUGGAGAAAUCCCACACCCCGGGGAUUUCUUAAACCUUUGAUUAACUGGGAUGCUAUCCUGUACUUCAAAGAAAAGAGGAAUAUCCAAGUAACAACCCAAGCUCAUCCCCAGAACCUGGCCAGCUGCAGCUCUCAGGAGGUAGCCACACCCGGGCUAGUGCCACAGGCAGCUGCACCAAAGGUGUAUGAGCGGUCACAUGAUAACCUGAACGCUGAGGCCCAAGGACUGGCAGGUGCUCAGGUGUCGAAACCACAGAAUCCCAUUACCAGGCUCUGUUCUCUGAAGGAACAGUCAAUCUUGAAGAUCUUCACUAAGCAGAGCAUCUGAGCUUUACUGGCUUGAAGACCCAGCAAACUAAGAGUUCAGCAAACCAGAACAGCCUCUCUGGAGGGCACCUGUGCCU